AUGAAGAGGAAGGGAUGCGACGUAAACGUGUUGAGCUUGGUAAUAAGCAACAACAACCUGUGCUACUGCCUGCUGAGGAAUAAAAUUAUUAAAAAAAUAGGACUGAUUAACAUUAAGAAGGACUUCCAGCCCUAUGAGCAGGGCCCCUCCAGCACUCGAAAGGGAAAGAAACCCCCCGACAAGGAGGAGUUGCAAUACAGCUAUGACCGAGAGGACACCCCUCUGAGCUUCAACAUUCGGGAAAUCCUAACCGUUUUGAAUUUGGUCAAGUUGCAUUCCGAUGGGGGGGGGCCGCACGGUGAUAGCUCCGGCGAUAGCGCUAAGGACAGCGCUAAGGACAGCGCCAAGGACAGCACCGACGAUAGCACCUACGAUGGCGCUGCUCAGUCGAGCCAACCGGGUGACCCGCCAAAGGGCGCGCACACAGAAAGGGCCCAAACGGUGGAAGAACAACCGCAUCAGCGGCAGAACCAGCCACAGCAACAGCCGCGGCAGACCCAACAGUGGGUCAUCGGGAUCGAGAAGGUAAAUGACAAGUACGAGAAGAACAGAACGAAGGAGAAGAUCCUCUCCGUCCUCGUGUACUUCCUAAACUCAAUUUUCAAAUGCCAAAUUGUUUUUUUCUGCCCUAAAGAGGCGAGAAAAUACUUCAGCACCAAAUGUGGCUACAGCUUGGAGACGCGCGAAGAGACCUAUAAAUACAUAAAGGACAAGGUGAAGAACUUCCCAACAGUUAGUAAAAGUGAAAACAAGGUCAACUGCCUAUUCAGUGACAGCUACGUCAUGGCGUUUUACACAUACAGGUACUACAUGCACCACCUGGUGAAGAACAACCGGACCGUCUUCAACUACCUCGAAAGUGAGGUGCGCAGGAAUAGGAGUUUUAACAACAUUUUGCACAGCUUGAAGGGCGUGCAGGAUGAGAAGGGCUCGCACGACUUGAGGGAGCUGCUCAGGGACAGGAUUGGCCGCAUCGUGGACCGCGAGUCGUACCGGCUGGUUGACCGGCACAUGCUUUGA